AUGUCAAUUGAAGGCAUGCAGGUGGUCUUCGACGUCAUGCUCGCCCAUUCCGCUGACAGCCGGCCGGCGGAAGCUACAUCCAUUCCACCCCAGUUUCAUGACUCGUCUGGAGAAUCAAAUGGUCGGCAAUUGAACCAGGUAUUCCAAGAGAUGGAAAGUACGAGAAGCACGGUAAUGAACAACUUACCCAGAGAGAUCGUUGCAAUCGACUUCGGCCACACGUGA